AUGGACAUCACCUUGUCAGACAAGAAAUAUCCUAUUUACGACACCGAAAUGCAAAAAGAGGGAGAUGUGGAGAAUGCCGCUGGGCAAAUGGAGGAGAUCAUUGAUCUCAAACAGGGCCUCCACCAGCGACAUAUUCAGAUGAUUGCCCUCGCCGGUACUGUCGGAACCGGUCUAUUUCUAAGUUCUGGACGAGCCAUUGCAGAGGCGGGACCUCUGGGCGCUUUCCUGGGAUAUGCAAUUAUCGGUUUAAUGGUGUCAAGUGUCGUCUUUGGUGUCGGUGAAAUGGGUGCUCUCGUGCCCCUCAAUGGUGGUGUGAUUCGUUACGCCGAAAUCUUUUGCGAUCCUGCUCUGGCCUUCGCCAAUGGCUGGAACCAAGUCUAUUCUUACAUCGUCUCAAUUCCCGCCGAACUUGUCGCCUGCGCCGUGAUUGUCGAAUUUUGGGUCACGGUCAGCUCUGCGAUCUGGGUUACCGUCUUCGGCGUGUUGAUGAUCUUGACGGCCGUCCUCUUUGUACGAGUUUACGGCGAGCUGGAGUUUGGAUUCUCCCUUCUCAAGAUCAUGCUGAUUAUUGGAAUCAAUAUCAUGGCGUUGGUCAUUACAUGUGGAGGAGGUCCUAAUCAUAAGGCUAUCGGGUUCGAGUACUGGAAGAGCCCUUAUGGUCCUUUUGUUCAGUAUCUAGGAUUUGGUGGAUCUCUGGGUCGAUUCUUGGGUUUCUGGACGGUAUUCAACAAUGCUCUCUACGCCUACUCUGGAAUUGAGAACAUCACCAUCGCUGCAGCUGAGACUCGAAACCCUCGACAGGCAAUUCCCAUGGCUGCCCGACGCAUCUUCAUCCGAAUCCUACUCUUCUAUGUCCUCUCGAUCUUCAUGGUCGGUCUGGUCGUGUCUUCCGCCGAUCCAAACCUUCUCGACUCUACCGGCACAGCGUCAGAGUCUCCUUUUGUCAUCGCAGCUCGCAAUGCUGGUAUCAAGGUCGUCCCCUCUAUUAUCAAUGCCGUCGUUCUCACCUCCGCCUGGUCCUCGGGUAACUCCAACAUGCUUGGCGGCUCCCGAAUCCUCUAUGGCAUGGCAAAGCAAGGUCACGCACCCGCAAUCUUCAUGCGCCUGAACCGAUUCUCCAUUCCCUAUGUUGCCGUGGGUCUUUACAGUGUCUUCAUGGCCCUGGGAUACAUGACACUGUCAGACUCUGCCAGCACAGUGUUUAGCUGGCUUCAGGAUCUUGUCUCAAUCGCGACAAUUGUGAACUGGCUUUGCAUUCUCAUCGUUUACUUGCGGUUCCUCUAUGGUUGCAAAAAGCAAGGCAUUGAUCGCCAUAAGGAACUCCCGUGGGCUGCCCCCUUCCAGCCGUACACUACCUGGGUCUCUUUGGUCGUGUUUAUUCUCCUAUUUUUCACUGGAGGUUAUAGCACUUUUAUUAAGGGGCACUGGAGCACCGAGACAUUCGUCUCUUCUUACUUCAACUUGCCAUUUAUCUUGAUCGUGUACUUUGGCUACAAGUUCUGGAUGAAGACUAAGAUUGUCCCGUUGGCGGAGAUCCCUAUUCGGCCUUUCAUUGAGCAGUAUUUGAAUAACCCUGAGCCUGAACCAGAACCGAAACGGGGACUCAGGAGACUCAAUAUUUUGUGGUCAUAA